AAAAAAAACUUAUCAUCAUCGUUCUCUCUUGUUCACUCUAUCAGAAGAAUCGUAAUGGAUUGCAAUUUGCAGGCCUCCGUUAUUCCUCGAUGCCUUCCUUCAACAACUCCCGCAACAAGAAAACCCCAUUUUGUUGUUAAAUCGUCUCACCAGAACGAUACAUCCACUCCUUCACCAGAUAAUAAGGAAGUAAAUGUUUCCAGACGUCAAUGUCUCACUUGUUUGUGUUCAACUCCAUUUCUUAUUUCAUCCAAUAAUGCAACCGCUCUUGAUAAACCUCCCGGGUGCAGAAAUUGCGGAGGAAGCGGAAACAUCAUCUGUGAUAUGUGUGGUGGUACAGGAAAAUGGAAAGCUCUUAACAGUAAACGAGCACAAGAUGUUUAUGAGUUUACAGAAUGUCCAAAUUGUUAUGGUCGAGGAAAGCUUGUCUGUCCGGUCUGUUUAGGAACUGGUGUGCCAAACAAUAAAGGUCUUCUGAGGAGGCCCGAUGCGAAGAAACUGCUUGAUAAGAUGUAUAAUGGACGGCUACUUCCAAACUCUUAGAAGUCAUUCUUGUGAGCAUAAUGGAAGUGUGAGGCUUUGCGAAUGCUGUUUUCUGGCACAAUGACAAUUUUCUAUACUAGUCAACUAAGCCGGUGACUGCAAUGUUAAUCAGCUUCUACCAUACAGAACGUGCCCGCCCGCACCAGAAAGUUUUGCUCAUAUUUUUGGUCUGGAUUCAUUCCACAACUCUAGAUUUCAAUAUUCUGUACCCAUGAUUCAAUGCUAGGAUUGUCAUAUUCAUGCAGAACAUAGUGUAAAACAUUGAGCAAACACUUGUAGCAAGUAUUGGUAUUUAAGGUUCUAUAUAGUUACCAAGUAAAUAUACAAUUGUUCAUGCAACUUGUUUGUAUCCAGGGUAUUAUAUUCUCAAACAUGUGUGAUUAGCCAAUUUGAGCUUUUUAUGAAA